UUCUUUUUUUCUCUCUUUCUCUCUUUCUUUCUUUUUUUCUUUUUUUUUCUUUCUUUCUUUUUUAUUCUUUAUUCGUGUCUGUGUAUUUGUCACUCUUUUACAUAGACAUACAAAGAAUGAAACCAUCUUUGAUAACCUUGAACGAUGCUAUUACAGAUUCCCCUGUUUACCGAGCUGACGUCCAUCACUUUGACGAACAACUAGAACUUCUUGAAAAAUGGUUGGAUGCUUUGUCGAAACACUUGAAACUUUAUUGUGACAAACUGAACAAAUUCAAUUUGGAAACUAACCUUGUGUGCAAGAAAGCUAUGCCUAUUGGUAUUGACAAUGCUCUAAUUGACCCUCACUUUACUGGUGCUGUUAUAAAAAGUUUCUCGGAUGCUUUACAGACAAGUCUUGCUUUCAAAACCAAACUCGUAUCAGAUUUGGAAGAUAAUUUUAUUCAACCACUUCAACAAUUUGUCAAAGUACAAUUGAAGGAAUUCAAGGAUUUUCGAAAACAACAUGAAAAGGCACUUGAACGAUAUGAAACUCAACUUUCCAAAUAUUCAGCACAAAGUAAAUCCAAAGAAGUAUCAGCAUUACGUGAAGAAGCAUUUCGAUUACAUGAAGCUCGUAAAUAUUACGUACAUAUGUCUGGUCAACACGUUGUACGUAUUCUUCAAUUUCGAUCAAGUCUUGAACAUACUCUUGUUGAACAAUUCUCAGCUGCAACUCUGGCUCAUUUGAAUGAUUUUGAUGGUGGUAUGCAUGUUUGGCAGAAAUUGGAUACUCAUUUGGCAUCUUGGAAACAAUGGCUAGUAGAUGACAAAAGUACUUGCAAUUAUCAGUUACACAAACUUCAAAACACGCGAAAAGAACUUGAAAAUGAAUAUAUUAACCAAACCCAACCACCUCGUGAUCUUGAAAAGUACGCUCCAUCAGCUUUCAAUACUGUCCUUCAAUCACCAAUGACCAAUCGAUUUUCAAUGGAUUUAUUAGAAACUACUCCUGAUCAAAAAGCACAUCACAAAUGGGGUUACUUAUUUACUCGUGGUUCUCGUGGUUAUUGGACUCGUCGAUGGUUCUUUUUGUAUGAUGGUUAUUUUGGUUCUUGUUUGGUGAAUGCUUCUUUAAAAUUGAAAGGUGCUAUUAGUUUGGAUGAACGUGUAUCAGUACUCUUAUCUGAAAUCAAGCCUAUUUUGGACAUCGAUCGACGUUAUUGUUUUGAAGUAGUUUGUGUUCAAAAAUCUCCUAUUGUUGUACAAGCAGAAACUGAAGAUGAAAUGAAGGAUUGGAUAACAGCAUUCGAUAAAGCAAAACGAUUAGCCAUUCAAAAUGAACAACUACCUUCUCAUCCAAUUCAAACAGAUGAAAACAACAAUAACGAUCAUAUGGACUCACAUGAUAUCAACAACAACAACAAUAAUAAUAAUAAUAAACGAUCCGUCGGUCACGCAGAUGUCUCAAAAUCUUUUAUUACUGACCUUUCUCAUACCACAUCUUUAUCAUCCACGCCAACUAAUGGAGAUACAACAAAUGAAAAUAAAAGCAACAGUAAUCAACCUACUAUUGUCCUUUUAUCAACUUCUGCUGAUAAUGAUCGUGUCUCUCUCGCCAAUUCAACUUCAUUGACACCAUUAUUAGUUUGGGAGGCUGCCCGUGCUCAAACAUCAUCUCAAGCAAGCUCUUCACCUUUCUCACCUACUCUGGAUCAUUAUUCAAAAGACAAUAUUACAUCUAGUAUUGAUAAUGGUGGUACGAAAUCUCAUGAAGUCACUAAUGGGCAUCGCAACAAUGGAGAUAAUGUCAGCAAAACUACUGUCACCACUACAACUGCUGAUGUUACUGCCUCAGCUACUACUACAACGACAACAACAACGACAACUACGACAACAUCAUCAUCUACCAAACGACCUCCUCACCUUAAUCUACACUCUGAAAAGUCAAAUACAUCUUCUGCUAAUACCAGUUGGGGUAUUCCAUGGACUUUGGUACCAAGUAUGUUCCAAUCCUCUGGUGAUAGCAAUGAUCCUCCUCCAACACCUGCCAAUGCCCCACCUAGUCCCAUGUUUAGUGAUCUUGAUGGUCAUCAGGUAAUUUGGCCUGCCAAUCUUGAUGAUGGAAAUGUGCCCAAAGUAGAAUUGACGGAUUAUUCUGCCGAACUGGAACAAAGGAACAAGGAAUUAAGAAAUUUAUUCGGUGGCGUAUCAAAACAUGAAGUGGUUUUAGAUGCUUUUAUAUGCUCACUGAAAAAACCACCCAAUGCAGCUAGUAAUGAUAUGGACAAUACAAAAAACGAUGAUGAUCUCGAUUGGCCAACUUCACCCAUUGGAUCUGGUAGUCCCUUGGAACAAAUGGAACAAGAUUUACAAAUGCAAUUAACUCAAAAUGUCAAGCCUCCCACUUCCGAAUUUGGAUAUUCUUAUACUGGUCGUGCCUUUGUAACUCAGGAGACAUUCUGGUUAUACAGUUGUGUGGUCAUGACAUGUGUCCAUACUGUGGCAGUACGACUACGAGAUAUUACUAAUAUUCGACUUGUACGUGAUCCAUCCAUUACCAAUGUUGGCAAGCAAUCUAAUAUCGCUCUCGCAAUUGAUCUCAAGCAAGAUGAUGUUUCUCCUCGUCGUGAACCCUUGAUCUUAGCAACCUUGAUGGAUGAUAUUGAAGUAGUGGCUGAAAAAUUAAGAAUCGCAGUAGAUAAUGCAAAAAGCAAUGAUCCUAGCCCAUUACAAACAAUGUACGAUAUUUUACAUCACAUGUCUGCAGCCAUGUCGAAAAAGAAGAAUGCACCUAUCACUACCAUUAUUCGAUCAGAACCAGUCAAAGCACAAUCUUCACCUGAUCUUCUUCGUCGUCCAAGGUCAAACAGUAGUAACGACAUACAUGGUUUGGAACCAGCAGCAUCACCUAUCCCAUCAUCAUCCACUUCUUCAAGACUGGAACGUAUUCGAAAAAAGAAAGGUGGAAAAACAUCUAAUAGCAAUAAUGACAAUCAUAGCAACAAACAUCAACCCAAAUCAGGUGCUUUAGCUGCGGCAAUGAUGGCUGCUACAGUGGCUGGUGGUGGAAGUUUCUUUGAUGUUAGUAAGAUGGGCAAAAUGGAUGAUGAUUUGGAUUUGAAUACAAAGAACAGUACUCGCAAAUUAGAGGAUACUUCUGGCAAAAUGAACAAAGAUGAUACUACAGCAUCAACAAAAACAACAGAUGAGGAGCAACUCAAAAAAGGUGAUCCAGAUGCACUUCCCGCUCAUAUAUCCGCUCCUCAGGGUCCUAUUACAUGUGGUUGUAAUGAUCAUCUUGAAAAAAUGGAAUACCAAGUCGAUGUUCCACUUUCAGCAAAACGAUUGUACGAUCUAUUAUUUUCCGAAGAGAAAACUGGUGCAGUGGCUAAAGGUGGUAUUUGGGAACAGAAAACAGCAGCCAGUGGAAGUCGAGACCUCAACGUUGGUGCCUGGUCUGAUGUGGAUGGAAAACAACAACGUCUUUUGAAAUAUGUAAUGCCUGUUAGCAAUCCAAUGGUUAAAGUCAAAGAAGCUGAUGUAGUUGAAACACAAGUACUGUUGAACAAGGAUGAUUACUUACGAUACGUUAUACAGAUCUCAACCAAAAGUGCUCAAUUACCUUAUGCUGAUGCAUUUAUUCCAUCUAUUCGAUAUUGUAUAAGUUGGAUUGAUGCCUCACAUUCGCAUCUCUCUAUUUGUAUAGGGGUCAAAUUUGUCAAGAAUAUCCUCGUCAAAAGUAUGGUGAUGAAAGCUGCUUUGAAGGGAAUGAGUGAAAGCAUUGUUCAAUUUGCACCGAUGAUUAUGGAACAUGCCAACAAAUUGAAUGGAGGAGAAUCAAGAAAAGAAGGAACUGACAACAAAUCUGGUCAAAAUAACAAUGACAACAACCUCAACAAUGCAAACAACGGUAAUAACACAAACAAUACCAAUUCAACACUCGGAACACAACCAUCGAGCACUGGAAAACAACAAGUGAGUGGAUGGUAUGGACAAUUGAUUGAAAUCUGGGAAAUGAUUCAAGAUAUAGUACCUUUCCCGGUUGGAAGUGUGAUCAUUGGAUUAUUGAUACUCUGGGUGAUAUGGGCUUGGGUCCGAUCUGGUCGACAACAACAAGGAUUACACCAUUCGCAUUAUGCAGGUCAUCAAGUCACUUCAAGAGCUAUUUAUCUACGUGAUGUUGAAGAAGGUCUGCUCAACAAUACCCUUCCAUCUUCUUAUACGGACCACAAUUGUUAUCAAUUCUACUUGCAAUCCAAGAUUAAUCAUGUAGGCAAUAAUAAUUCAACAAGUACUUUGGAUCAAUGGUUUAGCGACAAACAUUAUGCAUUUUCGAUAGAUCUCCUCUUUAGCCGUGAAAGACUUGCUAUCUUACGACAUGAUACCCUGGUGAUUUUCCGACUUUUGAAUCAACUGGAUGCACAACUUUCGGAAAAUGAAUAUGUCAAUUGGUUGUUGGAUGCAAGACUCGAAUGCCAUGCUGGUGUCACCAUGAACAAUGCAGUCAAAUGUGAAGCCGUCCAUCGACAGUUACAAUCCCUUAUUACAUCCCAGUAGACUCUAUAUUGUUAUUAUUAGUAGUAGCUGCGAGGUAAUAAUUAGUGCUAUUGUUAGUAUUAGGUUACAGUUGUUUUAGUGUACAAUCAAAUAAAUCUUUUUCCAAGUAUAGUGCAAAUUUGUCAGAAAAAAAAAAAAGAAAAAAAAACUUUUAUAGUCCAUUAUCAUAUAAACCAUUGUUAUCGAGCCAUCAUCAGACGAAUCAUUG